AUGUCAAUUAAUCAUUCUUGUAUUUAUAUUUCUCGACCAGAUGAAACCAGCUUUACAAAAGUUGAAAAACUUUCAUCCUUAUUCAAUUGCUUGAGUACAAAAGUUAAUGCCACUAUAACAAGCCCCUUUGGUGCUAAUAUCAAAAUCACUCAAGUUUUCCAACUCAAUCCCAAGCCAGACGAUGAUUUUUUUGAAAGAUUAUUGGAAUCCAAAUUUCGCAAACAUAAAUUACGAACUAUCACAUGCAUUCCUGAUAUAGAAGAUAACUAUGAAGGCCAUCUCCAGUUUACUUACCAUUUCCCAAUCCCUCCCUCGGGGUCUAUCACUUCUUUUAAGGCUUCAAUCGGUAACAACCGCAAAAUUAUGGGGAAGUUCACCAACGCCACUCAAGCUAAACAAGAAUUUCAAGAAAUUGUUGAAAAACAUAAAGAAACAGUAGUCGCUUUGGCCACAACUUAUUCUGACGAUAUUUUUGAAGUAGACUUUGGAAAUAUUCCCUGGGACUCCACAGUAGAGGUGGAAUUAGAAUACUUCUCACUUCUUGAAUACGAUAUACAAUACGAUGGAUAUCGCUUCUUUAUCCCCACUAAUAUUUUCCCAAGAUAUGGUCCAUCACCUUCUAAAAUAAAUGGUGUUGUCGGCCACUAUUCAGCAGGAACAACCCCACAAUUUGGCACUUAUAUUUCAGUUAAACUCAGCUCUUCUGAAAAUAAAACAAUUGAAAGUAUAUCUCACAAAGAUACUGCAAAAGUAACUACCAAUUCAGUGACCUAUGUCUCUAAAGAAGAACUUGGGAUAGUAAACGACUUUGUGGUCAUCAUUAAAGACUCAGACAAAAAGGAACUCGCGGCCCAUCUUUCUAAAUGGGGACCCCUCCCUGAAACUCCAGUUCUCAGCAAUCUUCUCACUAUUGACCUUCGUCCUGAAAUACCAUCCAAAAUCACUUCUGCUAAGGAAAUAAUUUUCCUGAUUGACUGCAGUGGUUCCAUGAGUGACAAUAUUCCCACUUUAAAAGACGCCCUUCAGCUUUACUUGUCCUCUUUGCCAGCACCAGGAACUAACUGUGACUAUCCAAUUUAUUUCAACUUUGUCUCUUUUGGUUCCAACUAUUCUUUUCUUUGGCCACAUUCUAGACUACUCAAUAAUGCGUCUUUCCAAACGGCACGAACCUUUAUUGAUGAAAUAGAUUCAAACAUGGGAGGUACAGAAAUCUUAAAGCCAAUCAUUGAAAUCAAUAGAGUGAUUAAAAAAUCAACAUAUCGAGAUACCACAAACGAUGUUUAUACUGACCCAAUUGAACGUGAAAUCAUUGUUCUAACAGAUGGUGAAAUUACUUAUGUUGAUCGAGUGAAAGAAUUUGUUGAGAAUAUAGUACCUUCUUACGAUCCUAAGACAAGCGGCACAUUGCGUGUUCAUUCUUUUGGUGUUGGUGAUAACGUUUCACACGGCCUUCUUAAUGCUUUAGCCAAAGCUGGCCGUGGUUUCAAACAAAGUGUUUUAAAUAAUGAACGGAUGGAAGUCAAAGUUAGCAGACUGCUCCAGAACAUCUUAAGUCCUAACGUUAUUAAUACCACUGUUUAUUGGUCUCUUAAGGGAAAAGAAAAUAAUGAAAAGAAGCAUGCUGAAAAAGAUGAUGAUUUUGAGAUUGUUGAAGGUUAUGAUGAACCCUUAGAAUUUAAAUUGACGGAGAGCCUAGAAGACCUGAAAGUUAAUGAAGCUGAUCACUUAACAGUACCUAAAACUGGCUUAUUUCCAGUGCUUUCCAAUAUGGACUCCAGACUCUACAUUUUUCUUAAAUAUGCCAAAGUUGUGGCACCUUCCGUCAAAGUGGUACUGCAUUUUAAUGACAAGUCAACAAAAACUUAUGAAGCACCAGUUGUGCAAGAUGAUGAUGAUGAUGAUGAUGAUGAUGAAGCUGGAAGCAAGUUUUUGUUUAUUGCCGGAGCACGAGCACUUGUGUCUGCGAUUUCCACUGAUUCUAUUACUAAGAGCAUGGGAUCCAAUAUUAGUAUCCUGCCAACCUAUAUGAUUCCAAAAAUAGAGCGUUUAAAAUUUUGCGACAGCAUUGGCGAAACCUUUGGAUUGAUAACCCCCUGGACGUCGUUAAUUGCAGUUGAAGAAUCUGUUGGAUCUUCUGAUGGAAAGAAACCAUCAUCACUCAAUAAAAAUGCAAGUCAACAAAAAGUAUUUUUUGCAAACACACCAAAUCCUAGCAGCACUUCAUUUAAACUUUUUGGAAACAGUCAAGUACCUACAUCUUCACUCUUUGGAAGUUCAAAUCAGUAUGCUCCUGCUCUUAUUGGAAGCUCCCAUCAAUCGGUGACUGGACUUUUCGGAAACCCUCAACAAUCUUCGUUUGGACUUUUUGGAAGCUCUCAACAAUCUGCACCUGGACUUUUUGGAGAUUAUCAACAAUCUUCGUCUGGACUUUUUGGAAGCUCUCAACAAUUUGCACCUGGACUUUUUGGAGAUUAUCAACAAUCUUCGUCUGGACUUUUUGGAAGCUCUCAACAGUCUGCACCUGGACUUUUUGGAAAUUCUCAACAAUCUUCGUCUGGACUUUUUGGAAGCUCUCAACAAUUUGCACCUGGACUUUUUGGAGAUUAUCAACAAUCUUCGUCUAGACUUUUUGGAAGCUCUCAACAGUCUGCACCUGGACUUUUUGGAAAUUCUCAACAAUCUUCGUCUGGACUUGUUGGAAGCUCCAAUCAGUCUACGACUGGACUUUUUGGAAGCUCUAAAAAGGUUGCACAUACAAAUUCAAGUUUUUCCCAGAUGCAGAAAAUAAGGAGAGACUAUCCUAAAGAUUACGGAUCUAGUUCUAUACAAAACCCUCAGUCGGCCAGCUUUCUAUUCAAUAAACCAGAUUCUCAUCACACAGAAUUACCAGAAUCCAGUGCUGCAUCUGGUUCUGAAUGCUAUCAAAACCUUGCAAUUGUGACAAGAGCAUGCAACUUUGAUGGUUCAUUUGAUGUGACCCCUGAGCUUUAUAAGUUGCUUUCUCCUGCACAUUCACAACCGCAACUGGCCUCCAUUGACGCAGCAAAUAAUCCCAACGCUAGUGGUUAUGUUGCACUUGCUGUGACUGUUUAUCUGGAUAAAUUGGUCCAGGAUGCUAUAAGUUUCAAAAUAAGUUUAGGUGAAUCUUUAAACCUUCUUCUUCAAAAGAUUAACCAAUACGUUGCUCACUCAUAUGCUAAUGACGCACAGAAGUUGGAGACAGAACGUAAAGUUUUACAGGAGCUUUUUAAGUGA